CUUAAUGAUAAGAAGGAUGUGAGUUGAUAGAUCGGCUAUCAAGGCUGUUAUCAUAGCGGUUAGAUAAGAUGUUCUCCUUGAAAUCAAAUUCCUACUAUAAAAAUGACAAUAGAUGCUAUUACCAUGCUAUCCACAUUAUUCUUUUCUUAAAAUAACCCAAUCAUUGUAUACAGUUUAUUUCCUUCUUAUGAUGUAUAAUGAAAGAUUUGUUAAAGGACAAUUUAUAAAUUAGAUAUAAGUAAGUGAGCACAAUGCUAGGUAUUGAUACCUGUCAGGAAAUGUUUCCAUCUAGAUGGUCUUUGUGGCUGUUUUUGUUGUAUGUUACCCUGUUUGUCAACCAAGGCUGGUUAGUAACCAGGUCCCAAAAAUCUGAUAACAAAUACAAUUAUGAUACAGAAAUUGCCGUUUUUUUAACCGAAGGAAUAAAACUGUUUGUGUGUAUUGUUGGAUACAGUUUUCAACAUAGCUUACUAUCAAUUGUUAGCGAGACAUCAAGAAACAUCAGAGUUGCAGUUCUUUAUUUUGUACCUGCUGGACUUUAUUGCAUUUACAACAAUUUGUCCUAUAUCAAUCUUUCCACAUUUGACCCAACAACAUACUUUCUUGCUCUCCAGCUUCGAGUUGUAGCCACAGGAGUAGUUUUCCAAUUUAUAUUUAAUAAGAAGCUAAGUGGAAAACAGUGGUUUUCUUUAGUCCUUUUAACAGCAGGUUGCAUGUUGAAAGUUAUUAAUUUUGGAGACGCCCCAGUUGAAAUAGCUCAUCAAGCACAGGGAAAACAACUCAGUCUGUCGGCAUCUUUAAGUUCUCUAUUACUUUUGCUACAGGUUGCUUGUUCCUGUUUAGCUGGUGUUUAUAACGAGUACCUACUAAAGUCACAUAGUGAAAAUCUUAGUCUCUACUUACAAAACAUUUUUCAAUAUCUUGAUUCUAUAAUAUGUAUCAUAGCUAUUUUAUCAUUUGGAGGAAAUAUUAAUAAGUUAUUUAAUCAUGAAACUUAUGUCCCUUUUCACAACAUUAAGGUCUUUCUUGUGAUAUUCAACAAUGCAGCUAUUGGUAUUGUAACAAGCUUCUUUUUACGUUACCUCAAUUCAAUUUUGAAGACCUUUGCAUCUGGGCUUGAACUUGUAUUUACUGCAAUUUUAUCUAGACUUCUUUUUUCUAUACCAAUAUAUUUAAAUACAGUGUUGUCUAUAUUUAUUGUUACUGUAGCAACUGUAAUAUACAGCCAGAAUCCUGUAAGUACUACUAAAGUAACUGGUAAAAAGGAUCGAGAAAAAUUGUUGGAUAAAACAGAAAGUAUAGUAUAACAUUUUUUUGUAUCUAUGAAAAAGUGUUUUUUAUUUUAUUUUUAUUUAAUGUUAUAAUAACUAAACUAGUUAAAUCCAUUUAUUGCCUGUUUUAGUAUUUACUAAUGUACUUUUUACAUAUCAGUUAAGAAAAAAACUGCUUAUUUAUAAAUCAGUAUUUUUUUUAUUAUUCUACAAUGUUUGCUAAUUAAUUAUAUUAAUUGUAUUCAGAUAAUUAUAGUAUUAUUGUUUGCCAAUGAAAAUAAUAGAUUUGUAAAAUCUAAUUUAAGUAAGUUAUACUU